UGAGCAUCUGAUAGUUAAAUACUUGUCUAACAUUUACUCGUCUAUUUGUAGACUUUUGAGUUAUAUUCACAAAAUUCUCUCUACGUUUCGUGCUCUCAUAAUCGACAAAGCUUAAAAACUGCUUGGUAUGUUUUUUUCCACAAGUUCUGUUUUCUCCAGACUCACCGAGCCCCACUCCUCCUGGAGGAGGCGGCGGCGUUGCCGGGGGUGACCGGGCAGACGGAGGCCGGCGAGAGCAUCAUGUCGUCCAGGAGCUUUGGUUCAUCGUGGUGAUGGCCGCCAUCGCCCUGCUGCUGCUGGCCGUCGUGUUAGGAGUCGUGCUUCACAGGGCCCUGAAUAAACCCCCCCUCACCAGGGCGAGGCCUCCUCUGGUCGCUCUCCCCAUGCAGAAGAGGAGCCCCAUGGCUGUGUACCCGCCCAGCAACUCUGUCCUGUUCGACAUGGUGCCAGACACUACCGGCUUCUCCAGCAGCGUGACCCUGAAGGGAUUCUCCAUGAAGAUUGAGGAGAUUCUGGAGGCUAAAUGCGAGCCCACCGAAGAGAUCGUUGCAGGAGAGGAAGAGGGCGUUCUCAGUGUGAACUCCCUGCGGCGCAGCAUCAGCCAGGUGAUCGACGGGAAGUCUCUCGCAGGAGACGACGACGUCUGGGACCCCAACAUCUCAGCCCAUGACAGCGGGAUGUUCAUGGAUGACGAGGAAUUUGUGGACACCAUCAAAGGCUUCAGCACUGUGAGGAAAGAGCACACGAUGUUCACAGACACCAACCUGUGACCCCACAAAAAACAUUUGGUCCCCACAGCUCAGUCAGGAGGGCAAUAGCAUCAGUCAUGAUGAGGCGUGUCACCACAGGGGCUCACAGAAGAGAAGCUUCAUGUGAAGAUCCAGUGGAAGAAGAAGAAACAUCUCUUUAUUUAAACACAACUGGAAGAAAAUCCAUUUUAUUGACGUGAAGGAAGCAGCAGGACAAGCAGAAUCCCGUAGAAGAUACUUUAGUCUCCAUAUUCUACUCUGGUGUUCAUAGAUUCAGGACCCUGAAGCAGGUCCUGAAUCACCUUUUUAUUUUUGUGGACGAUUUAGGACCUAAUGAGGGAGACAUGUAAACCCCAGUGUUGUGAAGUCGGCUUCCAGGUGCCAUCAUGUUCAUCAGAAGCUGGAAAAGCAUUUCAUUUUUUUUUUGUAACCAUGUACUUUCUGGACAUGCAGAUUUAUUGGCGCGCCAGAUUUUCUCCAGCAGUGAUUUCUAGAAAUUGCUUGUGCCGUUUCUAACUUACAAAUUAAAAGACACCUGUCAAAUAAACAAAAGACAUCUUUCCUAUUUUGAA